AUGGACAGCCACGAUUUGGUCCUGAAUUGGCGUGGAGGUGUGGUUGAGAACAGCCACAUUGUCCACGCCGCCAUUGUCGACAGUGACAACAACCUUCUCUUCUCCUUGGGCGACCCAAAUCGCCUGACGCUCGCACGUUCCGCAGCAAAGCCCUUCCAAGCACUUGCGAUUCUGGAGACAGGGGCUGCAGAAAAGUUCAAUUUCGACGAGGCUGAUGUCGCACUCAUGUGUGGCUCACACAACUCAGAGGACAAGCAUGUGUCGCGUGUUACGGUAAUGCUGGACAAGGCAGGUGUAUCUGAAGAGAACAUGAAUUGUGGUGGACACCCUGCCUUGUCAAAGACCAUCAACAACGGAUGGAUCAAAACUGGCUUCGCACCCACAGCUAUCUACAGCAACUGCUCUGCUAAGCAUGUGGGUAUGCUAGCGGCUGCCAAGUCGUUGGAUGCUGGAAUUGAGAACUACCACGACCCGGCGCAUCCUGUUCAAGCAGAGAUCAAACGAGUUCAUGAAGACUUGAGCAAGUUGAUGCCCGAAGAGAUAUACUGGGUCAUUGACGGCUGUAACGCGCCUUCGCCUGCAUUACCCCUGAGCAACAUGGCCUUGAUGUACGCGGCGUUGGCGAAUGCCGCAGAUCAAGAGAAGUCCGCCAAUGCAUCGACACAAAACCAAGCACGCAUAUUCAACGCAAUGGCAACCCACCCAGAGAUGAUCGGCGGAGACUCUCGAUUCUGCACCGAUCUCAUGCGCGCCUUCUCCGGGACUCUGGUCGGUAAGCUCGGUGCAGAAGGCUGCUAUGGUAUCGGCGUCCGCGAUUGCGAGUCUACAAGACGCCUGGGUGCCAAGAAUGGUCUGGGAAUCGCGAUCAAGAUUGAAGAUGGCAAUAUCGAUAUGCUCUACGUCGCGUUGAUGGAAGUGCUCACGCGAUUGGAUAUUGGAACCGAGGAUGUCAGAGAGAGCUUGAAGACGACCCACUGUACCAUGCCCAAGAACACUAUGGGUGUUGUGACUGGCCAUACUUCGUUCAAGAUGGAUUUGAAGAAACGCAACUAG